AUGGCUGAAAUAACAGGAUAUAGUUAUAAAAGAUACGAAAAAUCCCUAGGGCUUUUAACACAACGAUUUGUAUCUCUACUACAAAGAGCUAAAGACGGUGUUUUGGACUUACGAGCCGCCACUGAAAUAUUAGCUGUUCGACAGAAAAGAAGAAUUUAUGAUAUUACGAAUGUUUUGGAAGGAAUUGGUCUUAUUGAGAAACGCAGCCAAAACAGCAUACAGUGGAAAGGUGCAAGCCCCGAAGGUAUAUCAAACGAAAUUGGCGCCAAGGUUAAUUCGUUACGAAAGCAAGUAAACAGUUUAGAAGAUCAUGAACAAUUAUUGGAUAAACAUAUGCACUACAUUGAACAAAGUAUUAAGAAUGUAAUAGAUGAUAAGGGCAAUCAGGCUUUAUCAUAUGUAACAGAAGCUGACAUACGGAAAUGUUUUGAUGCCGAUCAAGAUAUAUUUGUACUAGAGUGUCCACUUGGCACAAAAAUAUCUUGCAGUAGGCCAUUAGAGGAAAAGGAGAGCAUGCUACAUUUGAAAUCUCAUGAUCCAGUCGGAGUAAUUUUGUUAUGUGACUUAGAUAAAGAAAAGGAGAUGGACCAUGAUGCAGAUGAAGAAGUUCAUACAUAUAUGGAUGGGUUUAGUAGUGCAUCUUCAAACACAAAUUACCUUCUAAGACUAAGCCCACCCAUCACGAGACAAGACUUUUCCUUCUCAUUGAGCGGUUCAGAAGGAUUAUGUGAUCUAUUUGAUAUUCCUUGUUAA